AUGAUGAGUCCCGGGAUGAUGGAAUGGGUGCUCGACUGGGGGUUGAUGGCAAUGCUGGAUGUUGUUCCUUCGCUCCUCUCGCCGGAUCUCGCUGCAAUCUCAUCACGGGAUCUUGGAACGACCGUGAGAUCCCACGCUGGCUUCAACUUCGGCUUCGGCUUCGGCCUCCCUAUUCUUCUCGCCAUCGCCAUCGCCGUCGCCAUCGCCAUCGCCCUCACCGUCGCCGUCGCCGUCGCCCUCGCCGUCGAUUGCCUUUCUGCCCAGCCAAUCUUCCCAUCUGUUCUCGCUCUAGGGACCGUUUACCUGUUGCUGGCCUCCGCGGUCACGAAUAAUCCAGCUUCAAUGAUUUGGUAUCUGCUGUACCCAUUUCGAGGAACUACCGAGCCACCCAAUCUCGACAAUAAACACCCUCUCCGCUCCGCCUUCACGCGAUAUGGAAACCAUGCAGCGCGUCACCCUGCCAUCACCCUCCUGGUAUCCGUGGCUACCGCUGCCAUCCUCAUCAUUCCAUUCCCGUUCCUCUAUACCAACAACUUCGUCAAUGGGGCGUCAAACCUGCCGCAUCACGUCUGGACAUCUGCCCAGCCGUUCGAGGGGAAUGCUGCUACCCGCCCGGAUGUGGUGAUGCGAUCGGUUUGGGUACACGGGAGCUAUAUGAAGGCGUUGGAACCACACGUCCUUCUGAGCGCUCUGGAGAUACAGGACGAGCUGCUGGGCCCUACGAUCAACUUCAAUCCUCGGAGACCGCUGGAGCAGUUUGGGCCGAUCGCCCCCAGUGCGAGAUUGACGCCGGACAUGCGAGAUUCGCUCCACGCGGUCCAUGGGCUGAGCAAUUCCUCCUGGUUCUUCCACUCCCCGCUGCAAUACUGGUCGUGCGACGGAGAGAAGAUCGCGGGGGACAGGGAUAUCAUCCUUACGGUGAACGAACACUGUCGCCAAUCCACGUCUGUCAAUGUGACUUUGCGCCAUUCCAUCGUGUUCAGCGGGAAGCGUUUCGAGGACCAUCGCCUGGUGGCGGCGGAUGCGUUGGUCAUCACGCUCGUGCAUAUGCUCGAUUCUCCUGUCGGGAGACAGUGGGAGAGACAGGCGGAAGAUCUGGCUCUCAAGUCAGGCGGCAAGUGGCGGAUAUAUCCCGAAAAUGGACGAUCCUGGACAAGCACCUUGUACGAGUUUCGAUUUCAACCACUUUCCUUGAAGGACGAUAUCGUCUUCGGCGUAAACUACUUCGUGAUUACUCUCUACUUCCUAUGGCGUAUUUCGAAGCUGCGCGCUUUGAAAUCCAGGCUGGGACUCCUGCUAGCCGUCCUCUCUCAGAUCGGCGUCUCAAUCAUGUCGAGCUUCACCAUCUGCGCAGUCCUGAAGAUCGACCUCUCCAAGAUUCCACGAGGACUGUACCCUCUCGUCAUUCUCGUGAUAGGGCUGGAGAAUAUCUUCAGGCUCAUCAAUGCUGUCAUUACCACGCCGUCCUCAUGCGCGACUCCCUUCAGAAUUGGGGAGGCGCUGGGGCAGACCGCCCAUGUCGCCAUUGCUGGUGCCAGCCAGAACCUGUUCAUUCUGUGGGGACUCUCCAAAUACGUCUCGCCUCAUAUCAAGGCCUGCUGUACGUUCGCCGCCUUCGCGCUCUUGUUCGACUUCUUUUACUUGUUGACCUUCUUCACGGGCGUUCUCAGCAUCGAUGUUCGCAGAACGGAGCUGGGCGAUUCGCUUAACAGUGCUGCGACACUCAGCCGGCCCACGUCUCCGCAAACCCAGCCGAAACAGACGUGGAUGGGUGGUAUACUAAGAGCAGAGUCAGCCUUCUCGACACGGAUUGCGGGUACUAUUGUUAUGACGGGCUCCAUUCUCAUUGCGCAGUGGCACUUUUUUGACAGCGAGACCUUCUUCCAGACCGUACUCCGCAUCUUCCGCGUCGCAAAGCCGCAAGCCCAAUUGCCUCGCUCGUCGCAAGCGUCCCUCUUGUCUGUUGACAUCCAUCAAGCGAGAACGCCAACAGCCUGGCUCCGAAUGCAAGAUCAUAAAACCGCAUACGAAGUGAUCCAAGUGGUCAAGCCACACGCAAACAGCUACAUAGCUCGGGUCCAUGAUCCUCUGAUUUUCGUCCUAGAUGGAUCGGAUAGGACGCCGAAUCAAUUUGGAGUACGCCCCUUUCUGCCCGCCGCUUACGAUUUCGCACGGAACCGCAUGGGGGUCUUCAUCAUGACGGUCCUUGUCCUGGUCGCUGCUGUUUCGAUGCUGAUGAAUUAUCUUCUAUGGGACGGCGAAUCGCCCGAAGGGGAAAUCGAUGCUCGCCCGGAAGACGAGCCCCUCCUGAACGUCAAGACUCUACCCGCCGGUCACAACCUAGAUAUUGUGCUCUUGACUGCUUCACGUGACGGUGUGCUAGCGUCGGUGGGCCUGGAUCGGCUCGUUCGGAUUUGGGAUCUGCGCAGAGGCGUUAUGAGCCAUGUUGUUCAGGACUACGACUCUCCCGUCGAUCCGUUUCCUGUCGUCGCCAUCGCCAUCGAUCGGGACUCGAAUUGGUUGGCACUACUCUCCGGUCGCGAUCGUGUGUACACAUGGAACAUCCCCGAGCGACGAUGGGGACCCUCAAUGCACGUUGUCGUCAAGGGCAAGAAGCCGGUUGCGUUCUGCUUUGGUCGCGACGAGACGGAGUUCAUCGACCCGCUUAUCAUUGUUCGGCAAAAUGGAAAGAUGACAGAGCUUCACGUGGAGAGCGAUAGGAGUACUGAAGUCCUCAUCUGUCACAGCCCCCUUGUCUGCGUCCGACAGCAUUUCGAGAAGCCGAACGCAACCUCGGCUCACCCACCGGCUCGGAUCAUCACCUCGUCCAAGAAAGGCUGUGUCCAUGUUGCAUCGCAUUUCAAAUCGGGGUGGGUAUCAGAAGGCUUCGACAUUUCGUGUCCCCCAAAUGAUCCGGCAAUCAAUUCAAUUCUUCCUCUACCAUCAUUGAGCGCCUUCCUCGCCGUCCGUACUAGCUCGGUGGAUCUUGUCGAUCUCGUCACUCACAAAAUCACUCACACGUUCGUCACCCAAACGAUGAGACAUGACAGCCUCCGCUGUUUCCAUUCCACUCGCCGCAGACCGCAAUGUGGGUCAGUGGGACUGGCCAGUCUUGCCAUCGCCUAUGCCCACGCAGAAACCGGCAAUGUUAUCCUCCAGUCUUACCUACCUCGGCAUGAAGGAGAUACCAUCUGCUUCCGCGAUCCAUACACCCCCGGAAGCAAGACCUGCUGUCUCUGGCGCGAGACCGUCGAGCACCGCUACGAAAUUGAAAGCCCCGGUGAAUGGGACGCUUUGAUGACUGGCCAUCUGAUAGGCGUCCGAAAGCGCGAACCACCGCCCAAGGAAGCGAAAUCCAGUCUCCCUGACAACGCCGGUCUCCGCCGUCGAGGUGGCCCGUCGCGAACUCGCAUGUCGGAGACGCCUCUCUCAUGGGCCGACGACGACGAUGUCUGGGAGGUCUGGUCGAUAUCUGGGCGCGGCGAGAGAAACGUCACGCCGCUCUGUGGUGACGCUGAGCGCGAUCACCUACUGGUGAGCGGGCUAGGCCCUAUGCACACGAUGGGUGGACGUACGGUAGUGGUGGGGCUGGGGAACGUGAUCAAGGUCCUCACGGUAGGAAACGACCACUUCGGUCGCGGCGGGAGCUCGACGGAUGAUAGCAUGUUUGUAGGGAUGACGGCUAGUCGGAGGAAGAAAGUGCCGCGCCCACGUGUCGAGACGACUGCGUAA